UUUUAAAUAAAUCGUUCUGACAAUGUGGCAUCUUAUCCAGUCUUUGUGUAAUCCACGUAGAAAAUAUUUGACUGUUUGUUAAAAUUGCGAAGUACAUACUCGGACGUUACUAAAAAUGAAAAAAAUUUUGUAUCUGUUUUUCGCUAUCUUUGUGACAGCAAUAUUUCGAGUAUCAAAUGCUGAGGAAACUUUUAGUUGUUCAAUCGAAAAACAGAAAGGAAAUUACUUGAGAAUUGAUGAACCAGUUUACGAUACUGAUGAUGAAAUUAUUGUCCCUCAGAGCGAAGAAUAUUAUAUGAGAGAGGUCCAACAAGCUUUUAUUUUUGAUUAUUUUUAUUCUAAACAACAAUAUGAUGAUAAUGGAAAUAAGAUGGAUCUCGGAACAAAUAUCUUGCAAAUUCCUUUGAGACGAAUAGACGAAAAGAGAGAAAUUAGUAAAGCAGGCAAUUUUUAUUACUACAAUUUUACAAUAACGUUACAUUGUAAUAAUGAUGAUACGGUUGACACGCACACAUUUGUGCCUAUUAUUGACACCAACAACCACGGACCAUUUUUUGGCAAACCAAAAUACACCUACAACCUCAUUUCCUCAUACGCUGAAGAUUUCAAACGCCAACAACUCCUAAACCCCAUUAUCGCAACCGAUUAUGACGUAACAAACACAGCAGUGAAAUUCAACAUUGAAGAAAACAACCAUUUCGAUAUAAUGUACAAUGGCAUUGUUCCUAAUUCCCUCAACAAGCAACACUACGCUUUACUAACGCCAAAAAUCCCUGGCAAACCCAUUACCGAUAAAAUUGAAGUUAUCGUGACAGUAACUGAUAUGGGUUUUCCUUCGAGGAGUAACGUUACAAAAGUUGAGAUAAAUCCACCAUCGCCACCAAUGCCAAUUUUUAAAUCUCCUUUUUACGUUGGUCAUUAUUACAAAAAUCAUACGUUUGUCAUGCAUGAUAAUCUAGAGUUGGAAGAAGGAUGCACAUUUUAUUCGACAACUGUUGAAAUUUUAGUCGAGGAUAUGAGAUGCCAAAUCUUUUACGCUACAAUAGUCAAAGAUGAAAUUAUUAUAAACAAAAGUAGUAAAGAGUAUGUGAAUAAUUUUUACGAAGAAAACUACACAGUGUACAAACUGAAAGCAAAAUAUACCAAUCCGAUCACCAACCUAUUUACUGUCGGAACAGCAACUUUCAUUCUAGAACAUCAUCACGAUUUAUAAGCACAUAAAUAAAUCUAAUAAAUAAAAA